UGGCUGUCAAAGGCAAUUGCAUGUCUCUAUACCCUCCAUAGUCUGGGAACGUAUAUUCUCUUUCCUCCAUCUUACGUCGACCUACUCUUUGAUGAUCCGUUUUGUACAACGGUUUGGUCCUUCCGUUGCAUAUCGAACAGCGCAGCGAGCGCCACUUGUCUUGCAUAGCUUUCGUGCCUACCCCUAUCUUAACGCCAUGCCUCAAAAGCGUAAGGCUUCGACUGUGGCUGCGUCGCCUACGGCCGGUGAAGCACCUGUGGAUCGUUCGAAGAUGCGCCGCUCAGAAGUGCCUUUGCCGCCAAAGGCUGCAGCGAAAGGCAGACAACUGCCACGCCGACAAUCAUCCCGUGGGGGCGCCGCAGUCACGAAUCCAGACGCUAAUCCUGAGGUGUUCGACGCGCCCAAUGCUCUGCGGGCUUCACCUGAUCGGCACGAAUGCGCCGACAGAGAGGCCCACCUGCAUCAGCACGACAUUGACGCCGGCAAUGCAGUAAUAGGCGUCAAUGCGGCCUCAGCUAAGCCUUCAACCUCGCAGAAUGCAACCACGGAGGUCAAGGUAGUUCCAUCGAGCGGUACCGAGAACAUUGACGAAGCAGGAGCCACCUCUGCAGCGCCAGCAGCCAGCAGGGCUAAGAGAAGGGGGAUUGGCGCGGCGCACGUGAAGACUGAGGGUGGAGACAGCAAUAUUGCCCCUGCAGAGGAUGCGGGUGUUACUGGCGAUCCUGAAGUCGAAGGCUUAGACCGCGAAGAGGGGGGGGAGGUGGACCUCAAGGAAGCCCUAGCACGGCCGCCUCCUGUACACGCCGAAUACCUUCCUCUUCCGUGGAAGGGGCGGUUAGGAUAUGCUUGUCUCAACACCUACCUUCGAAACGCCAGUCCUCCCGUGUUCAGCUCCAGAACGUGCCGAAUCGCGAGCAUCAUCGAACAUCGCCACCCUCUGAAGGACCCCUCUCAGCCCGAGCAUGCCACUAAAAACCGCCCUGAUAAGGAUCAGCCGGCUGAUCAUGCACGAGGAAAGAAGUAUGUAGAGGCGCUUUGCUUGGCCAAUGUCCGAGACAUCAUCAAGAUGGUUCGGUGGAACGACAGAUAUGGCAUCAAGUUCAUGCGAUUGAGCAGCGAGAUGUUUCCAUUCGCCAGCCACGAGGAGUAUGGCUACAAGCUUGCGCCUUUCGCUUCAGAAGCUCUCGCUGCAGCUGGCAAAGUCAUUGGCGAGUUUGGCCAUAGAGUCACGACUCAUCCGGGCCAGUUCACACAAUUGGGCUCACCACGCAAGUCCGUCAUUGACAACGCCAUCCGCGAUCUUGAGUAUCACGCUGAACUGUUGUCCCUGCUGAAACUGCCGCCGCAACAAGACCGUGACGCCGUCAUGAUCAUGCAUCUGGGUGGUGCAUUUGGUGACAAGCCUGCUGCGCUGGAUAGGUUCCGUGAAAACUAUGCCAGGCUCUCAGAUGAAGUCAAGAAACGGCUUGUCCUCGAGAACGAUGAUGUUGUGUGGAACGCUCACGAACUGCUGCCAAUGUGCCAGGAGCUCAACAUACCCUUCGUUCUUGAUUUCCAUCAUCACAACAUCCUCUUUGACAGUAAGAAGCUUCGAGAAGGCACCAAGGAUGUCAUGGAUAUGUUUCCUGCCAUUCUCGAGACAUGGUCAAAAAAGAACAUCACACCAAAGAUGCACUACUCUGAGCCGUGUCCAAGCGCCAUCACUGGAAGUCAACGAAGGAAGCAUUCACCGCGUGUGAUGACCCUCCCUCCCUGUCCAGACACAAUGGAUCUGAUGAUCGAGGCAAAGGAUAAAGAACAAGCUGUCUUCGAGCUCAUGCGGACAUUUAAGCUGCCAGGCUUUGAGAAGAUCAAUGAUAUAGUUCCACACCAACGCCCUGAUGAGAACAAGCCAUGGACUCCAAAGUCGAAAAAGAAGCCCAAGAAAGGCAAGAAGAAGACUGAUGGUCUCGAAGAUAUCGGUAUGAAGCUCGAGGAGGCAGAGGAGGAGGAUGUCCCACCUCCUAUCGUUCCUGAUGAGGAGGUGGGCAUGGGCGGACCUGAAGGCCGAGUGUACUGGCCCCCCACAAUGGAGGAAUGGCUUCGGCCACCGAAGCGCAUAAUCAAGAAGAAAGUGGAGGCGCCAGAGGGGGCCGCUACCCCCGCCAAGAAGAAGACUGCAGCGACCGACAAUGCCUCCGUUGCCAGUGAAGCUGCAGGCCUUGACGAAGGCAGAAAUCGAGCUAAGAAGGCGGCGCCCAAACGGGCUGCUAGCUCAACGAAGAAGACGCCGAAGGCGGUUCCUACACCCUCUGCAUCUGAUGACGAAGGUGGCCUCAGCUCGCCACCGCUCAGCGAGCUGGGCGAGGAGGACGAGGGUCCUGCCGUGCUGAAGCGAGCUGCCCAUCCCGCGUCUACACGAAAGAAGUCAUGCAGAGCUGUGACCAAGGUCAGCUACAACGAAGAAGACGUCGACGAGAUGACCAUGUAGCGGCAGACGAUAGUAACAACCGAAGAGCACAUGAGUUUGGUACCGGACAUUGAAUCUCGGGCCUUCAUAUGCGUCAC